AUGAGUUUUGCAUUCAUCCCCCGAAAUAUUUCAAAGGGUGGGAAACAGCAAGGCACUUCCCCUCAUGUACCCUCGUCCCGUAGUUUGAAACCGACACCUGCCAUCGAAAGAAGAGAUUCAGAAUCGGCAUACCCUGGACCGCCUGCGAGCGACAAAGGAAAACAGAAGGCGUCUGAACCGUCUACAAAACCAGUCUACGACGACAAGGACAUAUCUAUUCUCGUGGUUCUCGCCUUUUCGGACUAUGCUCUUUGGCUUGACUCAGAUCUGAGGAGGAAAACCGAAGAGUCUCUUCGGAACGAGGAGCAUGAUGCUGGAUUUUUGCCUCUCAGCUACCUGAUACGUCGCGCUUUUGGUAGGGAGAACUUGGGCCAAGACUAUAUGCUAACUGAAGCAAACGCGGUAAAGGCAAUUCGGGCCUACGCUAGCGACGUGCUAGAGGUUAGAAUGCUCGUGUCCGCUCCAUCUGCGUCUGCAUGGUACCCUUCCUGGAAGCCGGAGAGGAGCUCGGUUGGUGGUUAUGAAGUACGGAGGAAGGAUUGGAGAACAUUGUCGGAAAACGCCACUCGUGAAUUCACUCGGAAUCAGUGGGACGACCGUACUAUUUACAUGGAAAACAUCCCCGCACAAUAUCACACAAUACCUGGUAUCAUCCGAUUUGCGCAAGGCCUACUGUCUCAUUGUCCGGGAUCAUUGACCUUGAUACCAAUCCAAAAUGUUACACUUCCUCCGCAUCAUUUGGAUAAAGCUGAGGACCGUCCAAAAUGUAAAGGCUUCGCGCUCGUUACGUUCAGUAAUGCAGAGUUGUGUCAGAUUUUUCUUGAAUCAUGGCCUUGGACGCGGCCAUUACAGCCCGAAUCAGACGACUCUGGUCUCGCUGAGAGCAACUUGGAGACAAAAGAAGCUUUAAAGUUCGGAUUUCGCACUCUACCGAAAGCUUCCUGGGAUAAGUUGAACGAGGAGUAUCUCGCUUACCGCCAGAAAUUGAUUCACGAGCUAGCGGAUGCCAACGAACCUCCAGAUAUCUCACCCAACUCCGAUGUACGAGACGUCGUUGAUGAUGACGUUUUGGAAGACACCCCUGCCCCACCUCGGAACGUGACAACUAUGUACUCACCGCACCCCUUCGGCUGUCUCGUCUUUGCCCGAAAUCUUCAUAUCGAGACAAAUAAGACCACUCUUCGAAAACUAUUCGCUAGUGCGUUCGAGUCGUCCACUGUAGAUCCCGCCGGGAUCGACUACGUCGAUUUCAACAAAGGAAUGGACUCCUGCUAUCUUCGGCUUGCUUCGCCUGAGCAUGGACGUGUUUUGGUUGACCGCUUCUCUAGUCAGCCCGUCGUGCAGUCCCACGGCCUUGAUGAUAUAGGCAAAACUCCUGGAACAUCCCAGAAGGCCAUCGCGACGGAGAUCAUCGAAGGCAAAAAAGAAGAAGUUUAUUGGGAAAAAGUUCCAGAGAAAGUCAGACGGCAGGCUGUGGAGAAAGCAAUAAAGGCUCCCAAUGGCAAACAGUCAUCGGCUCCCGCACACACUGCUCACGGGCACUCCGAGGAAAGCAGGCCGCGGAGAAAGAGAAAUCGUGGCUAA